CUUCAAUUAAUGAAGCACUAGAGAAGCUCUACAAACAAGACCCAAAAUUGAAAGAAGCAGAGCAGGCGAACGAACUUGCCGCUUCGAAGGAGGGGGAAUUAGAAUCUGUAUCGGGAGGAACCUGGAAAGGCACAAAUGUCAGCGAUUCAUCCAAUUCACCACUGGACGCGAGAGACCCGGGCUUCACUCAUGUUUUCAAAAGAAGUGAACGUGGACUCAUGAGUUGCCUUCAGAAAAACAGGGUCGAGUUCAUCGCUCAGGGUGACGCAAAGUACAACGAACUAUCGACUCCGUACAAUACAAGGAUCAGGACGAGGCCGCGCAUCAUUAUAACACCAAACAGAGUCUCAGAUAUACAAUACGCCGUAGUAUGCGCUCAGAGAGAGGGAUUCAAGGUUCAACCCAGAGCUGGAGGACACUCAUAUGCAGGAUAUAGCACCGGCGACGCGAACACCUUGAUCAUUGACUUGCGGUACAUAAGCAAUGUGGAAUACGACCCCCGGUCGCGAAAAGCUUUCGCCUUUGGAGGGGCCCGACUUGGUAAUCUUGGACUCAAGCUGGGAGCAGAUGGGAAGGCUAUCAGUCAUGGGGACUGCCCUGGCGUUGGCCUUGCUGGCCACUCCCUUCAUGGCGGCUUCGGAUAUACAUCGCGAAUGUGGGGUUUAUCCACAGACCAUAUCCUGAGCAUGAAAGUGGUCACUGCAACUGGGGAUUUAGUAUCAGCCUCUCCAAAACUGAACUCUGACCUUUUCUAUGCCAUGAAGGGGGCAGGCGACUCUUUCGGUAUUGCGGUGGAAUUUGAGCUCAAAACUAGGACUGUUCCAGACAAGGUGUUGCGAUUCAUCUUCGACCUUGCAAGAUAUUCCAGAGACGCAAAAAGGAUGGCUGAUGUUUUCGUCAAUGUUCAAGCCUGCGUCCAGUCUAGAAGCUUCGGUGAUAAUUAUGGCCUGACCAUUCGGUUGGCAACUGAUGCUUUCCGAGUAGCUGGUUACUUUUACGGGAAGGAAGCCGAUUUCCAGCGAACAAUGCUUCCAUGCUUAUCGAAAGCGGCCCCAGUCACAAUCACCAUCGAAGAACAAUCAUUCUCAAGGUCCUUGUCCAGUAUUGCAGGAGAUGCGCCUCUUAGACGAUUCAUAGAUGCCCCCGGCGCCAAGUCAAACUUUUACGCAAAAAGUGUGAUGAUACCAGAGCAAAGGCCGCUGAACAAGGCGCAGAUGCAAGACUAUUUUCGCACUGUCCUAGAGGCAGGAGCCAGAGUGCCCAAUCAGUUUGUUAUUACAUUCAGAUUGAUGGGCGGUACAGGAAGUCACGUUAAAAAAGAUUAUGGUGACACCUCCAUUCCAUGGCGGGACACCCUGUGGAUUGCUCAGCAUGAUGGCCAGACACAAAGAAAUCCAAGAGACGUCGCAAGAGCAAUAACGGCAAUGAAUGACCAGCUAGAGGGCUCCAUCCAGAGAAAUGUGGCUACCUAUUUCAUGUUUCCACCAUUCAUAGAUCCUGAUCUUACUAGGGAGGAGUCCCACAAAAUGUACCUAGGCGACGAGCAUUCUCGACGACUCCAAAGGAUUAAAACCAAAUGGGACCCAACAAAUGUCUUUUCGAAUCCGCAGUCGGUUCAACUAGAAAGAAGAAGAUAAGUAUAUAUAGACCCC